AUGCGCUUUCUUGGUCUGUUAUGCGACAGUCUGGCCGCAAUUGCAGUCCUUGCGGCUUGCUUGCCGGUAGCAGCUCUUGCGCAAGCAUCUGACUCCAGCUCUGGACUGGCAGUCCAGCUAUCAAUCGCAAACGGAUUCCUGAACGGCACUACAGACGGUCAUGUUACGGUCAUGUUUACCCCUAGCGGCACGGACCCCAUGGAGGACACCGACGUCACCUCUAGUCCUAACCUGUUCUUUGGCAUGAAUGUGUACGGAGUAGCCACUGCCAGCAAGGUGACCAUGGCUAGCACAAGUAUCAUCAACACUGUGGGGGGUGUCUGGGGUUUCCCUAUUGUGAGCUUGGACGAUGUUCCGGCAGGCAACUACUCGGUCCAAGCCUUCCUCACCAAGUACGAAAAGGUCACUCGAAGCGAUGGAUCUUCAAUUAGCGUCCAUUUCCCUUGUGGGGAUGGCGCCCCCAACAUCAACGGUUUCGGCAGCCUCACCACAGCAAUUACCAACGUCAGUAUCACUGGAGAUCCGCAAACCGUCAAUCUCGUGUUCAACAACGUGACGGCCACAGACGCAUUUACAGGCAAGGAAAUCGGUGGCUGCUCUCAGGGAAACUACGAAGACACGGAGACUCUGAAAUAUGUCAAGAUCCGCAGUGAAGUGCUCAGCAAGUUCUGGGGUCGCAGUAUGUACGUGGGUGCCAACAUUGUACUACCUAGCGGCUAUGAUGCCGAUGAUACGGCCACGCGUUAUCCAGUCAUUUAUUCGCAAGGCCACUGGGCCGCAGAUGCAGGACCUUUCCGCUAUCCCACCGCCAACUUCUCGGAAGCAUGGGAUAAUGGAACGAUCCCCGGUGACGACGGGCGGGCUGACCGACCUACACCCAAGAUGAUCCUGGUUAAUUUCAGGCACGAAUCGCCCUGGUACGAUGACAGCUACGCAGUAAAUUCUGCAAAUCAUGGUCCAUUUGGAGACGCCUUGUAUGAUGAACUGAUUCCCUAUAUUGACGAGCAUUUCAAGACCAUCCCUGAGCCGUACGCACGGAUUCAGGUUGGAGGUUCGACUGGCGGCUGGGAAUCCAUCGCUGGCGUCAUUUUCCGGCCUGAUUUGUUCGGGGCCUGCUUCUCCUCCUACCCGGACUCGUUGGACUUCCACAGGCAUCAAGACAUUCCGCUGUAUACUAAUACGAACGCCUACCUACGCACCAAUGGGAGCGCAAUCCCUUCUAUUCGGGACUUUGAGAACGGAACGCAAGUUAUUCUGGCUACGGUGGCGCAAGAAAACCACUGGGAGCUGACAUUCGGCACUUCGUCCCGCUCUUCUCUGCAAUGGGACGUUUGGAAUUCCGUGUUUGGGGUGCAGGGCCUCAAUGGUUACCCUCUCGAGCCUUGGAACAAAAUCACUGGCGAGAUCUACCCCGCCGCCGUCCAAUAUUGGAGGCACAUGGAUUUGGCAGAUUAUAUUGUCACCAACUGGAACAAUAGCUACAACCUUGGUGAAGUCCUCCGGGGGCGGCUAUAUGUGUACGUGGGGAGCUGGGACGACUACUUUUUGAAUGAAGGCGUCCAGGAAUUCCAGAAGCGGACCGAUGCUGUUGGCGGGCGGGGCUGGGCCAACAUCACCAUCCUCCCUGAGAAGCCGCAUGGAGGGAAUUAUCAAGAUCGAGAGAUCUGGGAUUACCUCGAGCUGGUCUAUAGCUGGAUCCAAGACCACGGGCCCAAUGGCACCACCCCACUGCCGCGCAAUGUGACGGUGUCGUCUUCACGAGGGAAUAACUUCACCGAGGUGCUUGCUUACGGUGGACACCAAGCCGCGCUCAAACGACAGGCACCUCCGUCGAUCACUGGCGGCGACCAUUGCGACGGUGCCGGAGGUUGUGUUUUCCAGGGGAGCGUCGGCCGAUGGGAUCCGGGAGUCGAGCUCGAGGCACAGUGGGUGGUCAGCGGCAAGCCGGUCGGUGAGGCGUUCGGUGUAGCCCAGGGUGAAGCGCUGUCGUAUGCGCCAACCACAGCCACCAAAAGGUCUUCGAUCCAGCUCUGGGUGACGGGGCGGAAGCUGGGUUAUGUUGACGAGACGAGGAAAAGUAAUGGCAUCAUGCUGAAAAGAUGA